AUUUCCAUUUUGAGUCUUUUCAAGAAUUUAGAGUGAAUUGUGCUUCUUGGUUUUUUCCAGAUUGUACCCAAGAUAUCCGAUAUUCUGUUCAACAUAAUGCCGAUAACACUUCUAACUAUUUUGCGGAGUAUUUACCACAUAAACCAAGAAACCUUCGACAAACCGAAAACUUUCCUUUUUUUAUAAGUACUAAUGAUAGCACAUAUAACAGUCUUAUUACUUUAACAGUAUCUGAUUUUACAAGUUUUCCUCCAAAUUAUGAUGAUACAACUUUUUAUUAUAUUGAAUCAGAAAUACAAACUGUACCAGUUACUCAAAAUUCGGAUAAUCUAAAAGAUCCUCAAUUUUCCAACUUAGCCAUUUUAAAUAUUCAUCCAUCGACUAGUAUGGUAGAAAUAGAAAAAGAACAAAAGAAUCGUAAUAUGGCAGAUAUUAUAGGAACCGUUGCAGCCAUUUACACUGUAAUGCUAGCAUUUUAUUUAUUUUUAUUCGAAAAACCAAUAGCUGAACCAUUUGGUUUUAUUUAUUGGCUUAGGGGAAAAGAAUUACCGGCUCUACCAACUUUUCAAACUCCACCAAUUUCUCCAUCUACACCAACUUCUCCUACUCGAUCCUCUUCUGAUCUUAUUACGAAGCAUGCUUAA